GCAUUGCCCUGGUACGAGAGUGUCCGAGUGCGCGCGUUCUGUUUCUGCGUUUCGAGUCUCGAUGUGUUAUCCGAAAGUGCUCUUUUACGUACAACCGGUAAAACGUCCUCGAUAGACGAUCACAGCAUGAGCAGUUUGAAGCAGCCCCUUUCAGUUGUGGCACAGUUUGACGACUUCUGCCGCUUGAGCAGGAAGGAUUUCGACGUCACUACAGAUUUCCUUUCGUUCGUUAAGAACCAAGAUGCCCACAGGAAACAACUCGGGACACAGCAACGCAGGAUCGAUGAGCUCCAGCACGAAAAUGAGCAACUCCGUAACACUGUUUGUGAGCUGGAGACUGAACUAGAGUACACGAGAUGUAUAGUGGAAGAAGAAAAGAAAAGGAGCGAACGUUGCGAGAAAGAGCUUCAGGCAAAGACCAGACAAGUGCAGCUGAUAAAAGAGUUUAUAUUGAACACAAACCUGGACUAUCGGAAUAAUAAGGACGACAAUGCUGCUUAUGUCCUCGGGCACCUCAAUGAAAGACAAAACAGGCAUCAUCAGCAGCGUGAUAUACGGGACCAAUCCGUUGGUUCCGUCCUCUCACCUUCUCUUGGAACAGACAAUGGAACAGACAAGUUUUCUGUCCAAUCUGGGACAUCCAGUCCUGGUGGACUGCAUUCGUACGGUCAAGGACGUUGGCCUUCUACGGCCACAGAACAAAAUUGUGGUACUGCUCAUUCUCCAGGAGGAAGUGCUAUGCAGGGAAAUAUCUCGUCACACUCUUGUAGCGACAGUCAGUGCAGCCCUGGUGUGAUAGCCACAACAACGGUGACCAUUUCAGAGGACAGGCGCAUACAAGCAACAUCGCGUGUAGAAGCUACAAAUGCGGUGCCUUCCCAGGGGAAGCACAUCGCAAGUAAUUCAGUAUACCCUUUGCCACCAGUCACGGAAGCACUGCACACUGGUGACACCGGUGGUGGUGACAACGGCAAUAACAAUGAAGGUUUUGAGAAGAGCGACACUGAUGACGACCCAGAGGAUGCAGCAGGAUUUGAGGUAGAGGUCGCCAAGCUGACUGCGUCGAAAAGAAGCACUCCAAUUUUCAUGGAAGGAGGACCUAAAUCGGACAAGCUGCACAGCUUCAUCGCAAAGACUGCCAUAAAACCUGACAACUGCAAAGUGUGCGGGAAACGCAUUCGUUUCUACAAGCCUGCUCUCAGGUGUCCCGUGUGUAGACUGGCCUGCCAUCCCGAGUGCAAAGCUAACGCACCAAAGAUAUGUGUCCCUGUGGCAGCAAAUCCCUCACGGAACAACAUUCAGCUAAGACUGGCAGAUUUUGCAUCACCUACGUCACCAAUGGUGCCCGAGUUGCUAACCGCUUGCCUAGCGGAAGUGGAACGCCGAGGCCUUGAGGAAGAUGACCUUUACAUAUCUGCAGAUCAGCAGAAGCAUUCUGAAAAGCUUCUGGAACAGUUCUUGCAGAGAAGAAGGGUGCCCGCUUUGGUAUCUGUUGAGAUUCCAGUCAUUUGUUCUAUGAUCAGGGGCUUUCUAAAUUCCCUCAAUGAAACCUUGAUUCCUGGCUCUCUGUGGGAGGACGUCGUUUGUGCCGCAGGUAUGCACGACGCCAGUGACCAGCUGCAGAAAGUACGACACGCAAUUUCCAAGCUGCCCCAGCCUAGUCAGGACACAUUGGCACUGCUCAUUAGCCGUCUACAGGGAGUCGUCAGUAAUUCUAAAUUGGAAUACAUGGUGGACUGCCUGGCGAGGACGUUUGGACCAGUAAUAGUUGGGUCCUCCUCAGUUCAACGUGGACCAGAUGAACAAGACAUUCAGAAAGAGAAGCAAAUUCUUGUGAUGAAGUGUUUGCUGACUCUUCCAUCAGAAUACUGGAGUGCAUUCCUGGUUCAGGGUGCCCAAGGGGGAGUUCAGAACCUUGAAGGAACUGCUGCAGCGGGUGCCCAGAGUAGAAACCCCAGAGGGGUGAUGUCCAGCUUUGGGUUUCUCUCGAGGCGUCGCCUAUCGCCACUGGCAGAGUAACUUAUUCUCUACAACCUCCUUCCUGUCUUCUCUUCCUUCUCUCCUUUAAUUUGCUAAUACAAAGUGAAAUAAUUUCAAUACAGUUUAAUAAAUUGUU